AUCUCUGUGUUAUAGAUGACUGACGAUCUGCGCCGGCUCCUCGCAGAAGUUGAUGAGACUGUGGAACAGGCAGUUAAAGCAGAUAAUAAUUGCAAAAAUGAAAUUGCUUAUGAUUAUUAUAAGAAGGCAUUUGAGCAGUUAAAUCAUUUUGGAAAGGUAUUUGACCAGACAUAUCUGCCCCAUUAUAAAAGGGCAGAAGAUAUAGCAAGAAAACUACCUCCUGGAUCCUCUAUAACUGACACAGCACAAUUAUGGCGUUUCCCUACGUACUCGUCCCCGAAGUUGAGUCAUUUUGUGAAGUUGAGUAAUGUAGAGUUGGAUGAUGUGGGUGGACUUGAGGAUUGCAAACAGGUAUUGAUGGAAGCUGCCAUAUGGCCUAAAGAGUAUCCUCACUUUUUUACUGGGAAUCGAAAACCAUGGAGGGCUGUAUUACUAUUUGGUCCACCUGGAUCAGGGAAGACCCUUCUAGCAAAGGCAAUUGCAGCAAAAGCAAACUUUCAUUUCUACAGUAUUUCUCCAUCGGACAUUGUGUCUAAAUGGAUGGGAGAGAGUGAACAGCAAGUCUCAGAUCUUUUUCAAGAGGCUCGUAAAAAAGCUCCCUCCAUUAUUUUUAUUGACGAAAUUGAUUCCUUAUGUGGCCCACGAGGUGAAAACAAUGAGAAUGAAGCAUCUCGACAAAUCAAAUCAGAACUUCUUGUACAUAUGCAGGGUGUAUGCGACGGUGCGGAACAUGUUCUGAUUCUAGCAGCCACAAAUACUCCUUAUGAUUUGGAUAAGGCCAUAAGGAGGCGUUUUGAUAUGCGAAUCUAUAUCCCUCUCCCAAAUGAAAAGGCAAGGAAACACAUAUUUAAGGUUCAGAUUGGGGAAACUCCUAAUAGCAUUGCUAAAGAAGAAUUAAAGCAUUUAGCUAAGGAUACAGAAGGUUUCUCUGGUUCAGAUAUAUCCUAUUACGUCAAAGAUGCACUAUAUCAGUCUAUUCGUGCAACUCUUAGGGCUGAUUUCUGCAUUAAAACCAAAAAGAAAUCAUUGCGGCAACAUGAGAAAGACAAACAAAAUUCAGAGAUCCAGGUACCAGAGAUCGAAUUUGCACAUUUUAAUGAAGUGAGAGAGAGACAUAAGCCAACUGUUAAGAAAAAAUACCUUAAACGGCUUGAGGAUUUCAAGAACGAGUUUGGGGUUUCCGGUGAAAUGUAGAGACACGUUGUUUGUUGUUGACUUCUUCUAGUUGUUGUUGUUGUUGUUGUUGUUUUUUUUUUUUUUUUUUUUCCUCUUAGAAACUGUUAUCCGUAUGCUAGUGUUAUCUGAAUUUAUCUCGAUGAGUUACGUGUGUCAGUUUUGUUAAUUAGAAGCUUUCCAACCCG